AUCUUAGCUAAAUUAAUUCAUUACUACAAUAUUCAUACCACCACCAUGAAAAUCUCAUAUGCAUGGCCGCACCUUUUCCUCCUGCUCGCCGCCACGGCGACGGCCAAAGUCCCGGCGAUGGCCAAAGUUCCGGCCAUCGUCGUCUUCGGCGACUCGUCGGUCGACGCCGGGAACAACAACCAGAUUCCGACGAUCGCCCGGAGCAAUUUCCUGCCCUACGGCCGUGACUUUUCCGGUGGAAAGGCCACCGGAAGGUUUUCAAACGGCCGAAUCGCCACCGACUUCAUAUCGGAGGCGUUCGGGCUCCGGCCGACGGUGCCGGCUUACUUAGAUCCGGCGUAUAACAUUUCGGAUUUUGCAGUGGGAGUCACAUUUGCUUCUGCAGGGACUGGAUAUGAUAAUGCAACUUCUGAUGUGCUAGGAGUUAUUCCUAUGUGGAGGGAAUUGGAAUACUACAAAGAAUACCAAAAGAGGCUAAGAGCCUAUCUUGGUGAUGGGAAGACCAUUUAUACCAUCUCCAAUUCACUAUACAUAAUAAGUAUAGGAACAAAUGAUUUUUUGGAAAAUUAUUACGCGUUUAAUUCGCAAAGACGAACACAGUACACGGUGGACGGGUAUCAACAAUACCUCGUCGGACUCGCCAGAAACUUCAUCGUUAACCUGCACGGCCUCGGGGCCCGCAAAAUCAGCCUCGGGGGUCUUCCCCCGAUGGGCUGCAUGCCCUUGGAGAGGGCCCAAAACCUACAAAAUGGGAAUGAAUGCAUGGAGACUUAUAACAUAGUGGCCAUGAGCUUCAAUCAGAAAUUGUAUGAUUUAACAAGAGAGCUAAAUAAGGAAAUACCUGGGCUCAAAUUGGUCUUCUCCAACCCCUACUUUGUUCUACUACAACUAAUCCAAAAGCCAUCCUCUUAUGGGUUUGAAGAGUCUCAGAGGGCGUGUUGUGCCACGGGGAUGUUUGAGAUGGGCUACGCCUGCCAGCGUAGCCCCCUCACGUGCACGGAUGCGAAUAAAUACGUAUUUUGGGAUGCGUUCCACCCGUCGGAGCACACAAAUAAAAUGGUCGCGGAUCAUGUUAUGAAGACUGCAUUGUACAAGUUCAUCUGAUCCUUCUAUAUAUAUAUAUGAAUAUGAAUAUGAAUGUGUGUUAUCAUGCUCUGAGUGAAGACAAGUACAAAUUUUGUUAGGUUGGUUUGUUUGUUUUUUUUUUGUUUUUUGGACUUAAUUUGCUAGUUUGUUACUUCUGUAUUUUACUUAAAAAGAUUUGGCUGAGAUAUGAUACCGUCGCAUCGAAACCGAA